GUAGCGCUACAUUAUUUUAAUAGCUUCAAAUGGACAAUAAAACGAUUGUUGCUCUCAUCCUAUUGAGACGUCGACUUAUUAGGCAAAGGUCCAAGAGAAAAUGUUGGAUUCAUCCACUAAAUUUGUUGCGGCCAACGCUGGGCGAGCAUUUAAAACUUGAAAUGAUGUACACUACUGUUCAGCCGAUAUUAAUAGUCUGAAAAAAAUCUGAGAGGUUUCUUGGCAGAUAUUUCAUAAUAUUUUCAAAAAACCAAAUAACCUCCCAGAAAAAUUUCCAAGGGAUUGAGACUAUUAAUAUCGGCUGAACAGUAGUUAUUCCGAUAAAUUCUUUGAGUACAGGCGGAUGUCUCCCAUCCAAUUCGAUAAGGUACUUGGCAUGGUGACAUUGGAUAUAACAUUGCAAGAUACAAAUUAUCGUCUUUCAAUACCUCCUCGUCAGCGGCUAUUUAUUGGCCUCAGGUAUUUAGUAAGUGGGGAUUCAAUCAAAACUAUUGCAACCAGCUUUAGCGUUGGAAGGUCAACUGUGCAGAAUAUUAUAAAGUCCGUUAAUCAAGCUUUAUGGAAAAAUUUGCAACCGGUUUAUCUGAAAGUGCCAGAUAAAGAAAAGUGGAUGGACAUUGUGAAGGGAUUUGAUGAAAAGUGGAAUUUUCCUAAUUGUUUAAAAUAAAAAUGCGUUGAAAGGACAUUAAAUGUUCAAAGUAAAGUUUUUUGUUGCAUGAAGGUUUUGUGAGUAAAAUUUUACUCACCGAAGCUUGGUGUGAACACUAGGCACACAUACUUUCAUGCGUAAAAAAAACAUUUGAACA